AUGGGUUCGCUCGGCAGCUUCCUCAUUGUUUACGUGCUUGGGGGACUCACCUUCGUCCCGCUAGUCCUGUCACUGGUGCUACUUUUCGCCUACUUGGCCUUUCCGGAUGCUCCGUCGUCGCAGCAGAUCAGCACCCAAGCUUCCGAUGCGAUCCGUCAGUCCGCCGAUGACGACUAUAGCUUGAAGUCCGGAACAGAUCAGCUGGCGGAAGAGUUCCACCGAACGCAUGACUCAGAUGUUGCCGCUGGUUACUUUGCUGUUUGUCGCGAAUAUGUACCUGGAGGUGUCAAUGGGAAACCGCCAGAGAGAACGACUCCGGCCGGAGAGGUCGUUGCUGCUGAAAGCCCUAGCGUUUAUCAGGCCAUGUAUCGCAGUUUGUUUGAUCGGAAGCAGGCGCCUAGUAUUGAACCCGCUAAGUCGAAUGGGAAGAAUACCAAGCGGGCACGGAAUGUCUUUUACAUCGUUCUUCGGCAUGGCCAUUUGAUGCUUUACGAUGAUGCAAAUCAGGUUGAGGUUCGAUAUGUGAUCUCCCUUGCGCAUCAUGCUGUGUCUAUUUUUGGCGGCGAAGGGGAGAUUCCCGAGGGUGAGCUGUGGAUCAAGAGGAACGCUAUCUGUCUGUCGCGGCGACUGGAGUCGCUUGGAGACCUUGGUGGACCGACACCACCAUUUUACCUCUUCUCGGAAAACCUGUCUGAAAAAGAGGAUUUUUAUUUCGCCAUGCUUCAGAAUCAGACCAAGAUAGGGAAUUCUGCGGAUCGUCCACCCAAACAUCAGGAGUUUGAUGUGAAGCACAUUGUCACCUUGGUUCAACGCCUUCACUCAUCUGAAGAACAGUUACAGACCCGAUGGAUCAAUGCCUUCCUCGGUCGAAUGUUUCUGGCUCUUUAUCGUACACCCGAGAUGGAGGAAUUCCUACGAAGUAAAAUUACGAAGAAAAUCUCUCGUGUGAAUAAGCCGAACUUUAUCAGCAAGAUCGCCUUGCAGAGGAUCGACAUGGGUGAAGGGGCCCCGUUCAUCACCAAUCCCCGACUAAAGGAUUUAACAGCCGAUGGCAACUGCUGCAUCGAAGCAGAUGUCCAAUACACAGGAAAUUUUCGUGUCGAAAUCUCAGCCACAGUUCGCAUUGAUCUAGGUCCUCGAUUCAAGGCUAGAGAAGUUGAUAUCGUGCUGGCAGUCGUGCUCAAGAAAUUGGAGGGUCAUCUUCUGGUCCGCUUCAAACCUCCACCAAGCAAUCGCUUCUGGAUGUCCUUUGAAACAAUGCCGCAGAUGUCGAUGGACAUCCAGCCCAUCGUCAGCUCAAAGCAAAUUACCUUCAGCCCCAUAUUGCGCACCAUCGAGAGCAAGAUCCGUGAAGUGAUGGCAGAGAGCAUUGUUCUACCAUUCUGGGAUGAUGUCCCUUUCUUGAACACGGUGGGACAGACAUUCCGCGGGGGUAUCUGGGAACGAGAAGUGCCUGACCACAGUGAUGAGACAGAGAUUCCUGAUGAAUCUGGUGAUCCUCUAGCGACGCCAAAGAAUGCCCACGCUGAUGCGAUCGAGGUCCUGAAAGUCAAGGAUGAUCGGACGAUGAGCACGUCUGCUCUUCCUGAUUCUGGCUCCCCUAAGGUAAAAUCACGCAGAGGGCCGAAGUCGGUAUCUUCAGAAUCAAGCAUCAAAAAUUCGACAGCAACAUCAACAGGCAUCGAAAGAUCUGAUAAUACCCCUUUGCCUCGUGCCAUUCGGUCUCAGACCUUCUCUCACGCAGCAGAUCCUGUGGUGACAGCGGACAAUGCCAAUUUCAACAAAGCCGCAUCCGACACCAAGGGUGACGAGAAGAGCAGCGCAACUAGCGCUAUGAUUGAAAUCUCAAAUCGCUCCCCGCCUGUGUCUCCGCAGAAAACCCCGAACGGUUCCCCGCCUACUGACGGUCUCUUGAUUCCUGAGAGUGUCGUUCACAGUCGCGGAUCCUCAAUCGCAGAGUCUCUGGAUGGCUUGAACUUCUCCAAUGACCAUGUUAAUAACUUUGCUCGCUUCGAGAGUAGGCCUAUUGCUCGAAAACGCAGCUCUCAAGGCAGUUCUACCACCUCUCUUGUCAGUGAGAAACCACGUCGCAGCACGAUGGAGACUUUAACCAAGUCAAUUACAAAUACCUUCGAGGACAAGGCCGGGACCAUCAAUAUCGGAACGACUGCAGCUGCGGCGAAAAAAUGGAGCUGGGGUGUCUUUGGCAAAGGCGAAUCGAAUAUGCACCAGGAAACAACCAAGUCUUCCGUAGGUACCCCUGAACAGCCUAUUGGACGAGGGCAUCCCCAUCCCCCACCUGGCGCCCCCUUACCUCGUCCGGACAAAUUUGCCCUGAAGAGAAACUCCACUUCAAGUACUCUCCCCAAGCGGAAGCCUGUAGCACCAGUCCUACCGCCUAGGCAGCCAGGCGCAGGAAGUUUUCGACCUGUACCGCCACCACCCUUGCCUCGCAGAAAACCGAUUCCCCUUGGCAUGCGCUCUGAAGGAGUAGAUGAGUUGCUCGUGGUGCAAGCACCUCAAGAUUCUGCACCAAAUAGUCCAGUUGGGGGCGAACUGGACACGGAUGAGGGCUCAACUGUGCCAUUCUUUCCCUCGAGCGAGAAGUCAUCUAUAUCAGGCCUAGCUGAGACGGAGUCACACUGGGAAGAUGAGGAUAAACAAGAUGCUCGGUCUGUCCAAUCUGUUGACCCGAACGAGUCUUCCCCGUCUCAAAACCAAGACGUUGCAUCAUACUCAGGACCAGUGGAAGUUCCAACGACAUGA